AUGGCUGCAAACCACUGUGACCCUUGCCAGUCCACAAAUUCCAUAGACCUGUCGGACUGCAAUAUCCACAGCCUGUCAGAAGCAAUUAACAAAUCUUGUAGUGCUGCACGAAGUGCUCAAAGUCUGAAUUUGAAAGGAAAUUUUACAACAAACAUUUCAAGCAACGACUUUAAAAUGCAGGAUAACACUGGGUAUUUCUGGCGGCUCAGCAAACUUAAUUUAAGUAACAAUUCAAUCGUUUAUGUCGCCGAAGACGCAUUCUUGAUCUUGCUCGUUCUUGAACAUCUAGAUCUCUCGAAUAACAACAUUAAAGAGUUAGAAAAUGGAAUUCUUCAAAAUAAACCUGCUUUAAGGAUUGUUGAUUUCUCUUACAAUCAGAUAAAUUUUAUUGGAUCUCACGUUUUUACAAAAUACCACAUCGCUCUAAAAGAGGUUCACCUUGCACAUAACAAACUUGUCUCCAUUGAACCGUGGCCAUAUAUACCACCAAUUUUGAGGAAAUUUGAUGUAUCAUACAACCUCAUCGUGAACUUUACCAACAGAAUGAACUGGACAUACAACUUAGAGGAACCUUACCACGCAAGUGCAGAUCUACGUCACAAUCAGUUUACAUUUUGGAAUGAUGGAUUCUUGCAACAAUACAAUCCUAAUAGUGAAGACUUUUACAUCGACAUUGUAACAUAUAACGUGGACCUUCGGGAUAAUCCGUGGUUCUGUGACUGUAAGCUCCAUGAAGUUUUAAGGAGAUACCAGAAUUCAUUAAUUAAAUACGCUUAUUCAAAUAUGAUUGAAGUUAAAUGCAACGGUCCACCAGAACUAAAAGGGAAAUCUUUUGUGGAAGAUGUUGAUUUGAACGAUUUAAUUUGUAAUGUCACCAAGGACUGUCCACAGAAUUGUUUAUGCCAAGACAAGCCGGAUGAUAAUAUGUUUCAUGUAAAUUGUGAUAAUGGAGACCACACAAGUUUACCAAGUCAAUUGCCUGAGAUCGGAAACAAAAAUCUGAAAUUGGAAAUGAAUAAUAAUCAUAUCAAGACAUUAUCUAGUAGGAAUUAUACAUCUCAUAUCACCGAACUCUCUCUUUCCGGAAAUGGACUUCAGGUAGUUGAAGUUGAAGCAAUAGAGAACAUGAAGGACCAGGUGCAUUUGAACCUGGAAAACAAUAAUUUGCAAAGCAUUCCAGAUAACAUUCAGUUUAAAACUCCAUAUGAAAAAGUCGAAUUAAGUAAAAAUCCUUUCAAGUGCACAUGCGACAUGGUUUGGAUGGCAGAAUGGAUUAAUUUGGCCCCUGAGGACAAUCCAAAUCGUGAUAUUCAAUGUACUUACAAGAAAGAUGACUUUUACAAGAUUCGUGAAGUGACAGAAAGGUUGCUCGACUGCGCGUAUGAUGUUGCUAUAGGGUUUACAAUAGGCUUCGCCAUUUUACUUACACUCGUAAUUGUUGCUGUUGUGUGGGCCAAACGGUGCCCGUAUGAAACGAAAGUUAUCUUAUUUAGGUUUUUUCGGUAUCACCCGUGGGACAAAUACCGCGUGGACAGAGAAUUAGUUGCAGAGUAUGACGCGUACGUAUCGUUUGAUGACACUAAUAUUCACAUACGCCAGUGGGUGCUUAAAAAAUUUGUGAAACGUCUUGAAGAGGAAAAACCCUGCUAUAAGUUUUUUGUGCCUAUCAGAAACCUUAUUGCUGGGGAAGACAAAGCAGAUGGUAUCAUAAACAAUAUGGAGAAAAGCAAAAGAGUUAUUAUCAUUCUGUCGGACAAAUAUGACGAGAAUGAGUGGUGCAAAUUUGAGUGCCAGCGUGCAGAAAUUUUGGAAUUGAACAAUGGACGAGUCAUCUUCAUAAGAUAUCACCCUGAAGCAGGCGAUAUGAUAGAAAACGAACCGUGGAAAUCUCGAGUGAAAGGCCGGAAGGUGUUUUCUCCAGGAGAGAAGAAAAGUGAACGAAGAUGGUUCUGGGGGAAAAUUAAAUAUGAGUUACCUACUCAAUAAUUUGAAUUUUACUGGGGGUACUUAUUACAUAUACUUGAAGCUGUUUUAUCAGUACUUAACAUCCAUCCCAUU